CAGAUCAUCUUGCCUAUUCGUUUUGGUAAUAUUCAAGAGCAGCAUGGAAAUUUCAAACCAAUCAGGUAUUUCUGAUUUUUUUCUCAUUGGAUUGACAUAUGCUCCAGACAUUGAGUCAUUUAUAUUCAGCUUGUUCCUGUUUAUAUAUUUUGUUACCAUCUUUGGGAACAUUCUCAUUAUCUUGGCUGUAAGCUUAGACUAUCACCUCCAUACACCCAUGUACUUUUUUAUUGCCAAUCUGUCUUUUACUGACAUCUGUAUAAGCACAACAAUAAUCCCCAAAAUGCUGUUGAAUAUUGAAACACAUAUUCAUAGCAUUACCUACACAGGCUGCCUGUCCCAGGUGUGUUUUGUAUUGAUUUUUGGUGGGUUAGAAAGUUGUCUACUUGCUGUGAUGGCCUAUGAUCGUUACUUGGCCAUAGUUCAUCCACUAAGAUAUACAGUUAUCAUGAACCCUUGUCUCUGUGUACUGCUGGUUUUACUCUCACUGUUUAUCAGUACCAUGAAUGCACUACUGCAUAGUCUGAUGUUGUUAAAACUGUCCUUCUGCAAAGACCAGAAUAUCCUUCAUUUCUUCUGUGAACUUGUUCAAGUCAUCAAACAUGCCUGCUCUGAUACUUUCAUCAAUACUCUUCUUAUUUACACAGUGACUAGUGUAUUUGCUGGUGUUCCUCUUGCUGGGAUUAUUUUCUCUUAUAUUCAAAUUGUGUCCUCCAUUCUUAAGAUCUCAUCAGUCCAGGGACGGAAUAAAGCCUUUUCCACUUGUGGAUCUCAUCUCUCAAUAGUAUCUUUAUUCUAUGGGACAGCUUUUGGAGUGUAUAUGAGUUCUGCAGUUUCUAACUCUUCUGCUAAGAAUAUAGUCUUUUCUAUGAUGUAUAUUGUGGUCCCUCAAAUGCUGAACCCUUUUAUAUACAGUUUGAGAAACAGAGAAAUGAAGCAAGCCAUAAAACACCUACUGUUUUCUGCGGUCUUAUCAUCUCUAUAAAUUGUGUUACAGAAAUGUUGGGGAACCAGAAAACUAACUUCUUUAUCAUUAAGCCCUUUAAAUUAUCUAAACACAUUU